UUAAGGUCGCAUUGACCUCAAAAGAGCUGAGAGGGGGCUUACAGUAUGCAGAUAUAGCGACCUUCGUCUGAGUACAUCCACAAUUGAAGCAUCUGUCUUAUUCAAUCGCACAUCAUGGGAAAGCUUACGGCAUACGACAUCAACAGCUCGACGCAGGUUGCUCGAACACACGGUGGUGUGAGCGAUAGCGAGAAUAAUGUCUUCCAGGAACCUCUCCUACAGCACUCGUCGCGCGGCAUGUACCCCAUGGCCAGCAAAUCGAUACCGACCACCGCUUUCAAGCCUGGCUUCUGCGACUCGCAAACCCCGAUCGCUGCUGAACUUACGCAAUCGUUCCUCAACUUCGCGUCAAAAAGCGGCGGCAUCAAUUUGAAGCAAAUGGGCGUCCGGCCGGGACAGAGGUGGUGCGUCGAGGCAACAAGGUGGCACGAGACAUUGCGGCAUGAGAAGGAAUCGGGAGUUGAGGUACCGCCGGUUAAGUUAGAGUGCACACACGAGAGCGCUUUGAAGACCGUCGAUUUGGAUGUUUUGAAGAAGUACGCGGCGGCUUCGAAGGCCUAGAGCGGAAGACAAGCAUAUCCCGCCGAGCCUUGCGUCAGUUGGAUUCGAUGCGGUUGGAUCAGAACCUGCAUGGAUGGAAUGAUAGGAGAAGCGCAACAAAACACU